ACUUUUACAUACUUUUUACUACCUUUACAUAAUUUUACAUACUUUAUCAUACUUUAUCCUCAUACUUCCCCAUUGCAGUUGACCGUUGACAAGUCCUACUCUCUUACAAUCUUUACUGCGUUAAUUACUAUCGUAAAUGUAAAUAAUGUGAUAAAAUUAUUUAAUUAUAGUAA